GAGGACUGUUUGGCUCCGUUAACUUUCAGUCUAUUUUCGUGGGUGGCUCUUAAAUUUUAUGGUUGCUUGUUCGUGACUGAAGGCCAUUCCUCAAGGUUGUACAUUUAUAUGGUGUGGUUAUGAUGCCCGGUGGCGAAUCUGGCGAUGAUAAAGACACGAAGCAAAAAGAAGAUGUGGAGAAAAGAAAUCAGGAGAUUCGUGCCAGUAUUCUAGCGCAAAUUCUCGAUCAAGAUGCAAGAGCACGUUUGAAUACCAUUGCGAUCACAAAGCCAGAAAAAGCUAAAAUGGUUGAAAACAUGCUCAUCAACAUGGCUCAAACUGGACGUCUUGGACCAAAGAUAUUCGACUGGACAUUUUCCAUCUUACUUUUUGAACAUUACUAUCCCUGAGAAUCCACUAAUUGUUUGAGUUAUGUUAGGUCAAGACACUGAAUAAAUGCAGUUUUCUAAGCACAUUGAGAGAACAUUUUAAAAUGUUUUAUAUCUUUUGAGUUUUUGAGUAGAUCGCUACGUCUUUAUAUUAUGGAUAGAGCGGUCAACUGCUGCUGUCAUUUCAUGAUUGAACAAUAACAUGUCGAAACUAUUUAGACCCAAUAUCAUAGUUGACAUAUGGCAGAAAACUUAUAUAUCACUUUAUCAAAGGAAAACUUGGUUGUGUAUUGGACCUUUCGUUUCUUUAUCUUCUGAUGUGAUCAUUAACGACAAGGAUUAUCAAAAUAUCUCAUUCAACCACAAGUUUCUUCAGAAUGUGUCAAAGUGAUGGUCAAGGGUAUGACCAUUCGAUUUUCAACUAGUGGGUCACAAUUCAGAAUCUCGCUUCACAUAUUUUAGUUUGUAUGGUCAGCAUUGAUAACAAUCACAUAAUUGUUGCUGCAGCAUUUCACCAUGAUAUUUGAAUAAUCUUUCAUCUUUGUUAAGACAACCAUUUGAGCAACUUGUUUGAAGUAGGAUGAUAUGCGACUGAAACAAAUCAAUUAUCGGAGUUAUGAACUUACAGAUUUUCAAGUUCGUACCUGUCAUUAUGACAUUAGUUUCAUUUGUUUUACAUAUACUAAUAGUUUUUAUGCAUAUUUUCCUUACUGGAUGUGGUUUUUAUUUGAGCUGAAAAUGUAUGGCUAAGGUAACGUUUGGAUGUUAGUCCCAUGUGAAGUUUUAUAACCAGAAUAACAACUUUGAUUCACACAAACCUAAACAGAAGGAUACUUCUAUACUUUAGAUCUGACAAUAAUUUAUUUCGAACAUUAUAAUUGGUUUGACUUCUUAUCGCACCUCUAUGUGGCAUAUUUCUGUAACCAGUAAAUGUCAUUCCGAUCCGAUCAAGUGUUUUGUGACUGCGUGCAAGUACAUUUCCUUAUAAUCAUCAUUAUAGACCAAUUGUGCUUAUUUUCGUAGGGGUAUUUAUCCAAGUGUGUAAUGUGUCUGUUUUCCAGAUCUGUGCAUGCUAGAAUUCAGGUGUAUGUAUACCUUACACACUUAUUUAAAUAUAAAGGCUGAGCCACUCUUAAGUCAGUGACCUUAGCCAGAGACUGCUUUCUACUUUUACGCAUUAUCACUCCGUUUGUCUGCUCAUAGAUGAAAUGCAUAUAUCUUCAAUUCAUUUCAUAUUUUGACUUCUCAAAUUCAUGUUGCCGUGAACAAUUGUGUCAGUAAAUAUGUAUGAAAUCAAACGUCGGAUAUAUAUUUUAACUGACAUCAAACAUGCUUUAUAAAAGUAGUGGAUUUGAAGUCUAUCGCUUACAGUAUACAUAUACAUAUGAUAACUGGAGAAUUUUGAAUACAAAUUUUAUCAUUUACACAGUUUUGUUUACUUAUCUCACAAUCUGUUUAAUAAACUAGUUCGUUCUCUUCCA